UGACGACUUGACUCGUAAGCCGUGCCUUUCACCACGUCUGUCUUUCUGUCUGUCUGUCUCACGAAUCAGCUGCGCUCGAUCUACACCCUCUUUCCACCAAUUGUCGAUCUCCCCCAUCAUGCCCCGAUCAAGCGCCGGCACGGGCACGGGCACGGGUGCACGACGAUCCGCCAGCGUGCUCAGCUCGGAAGCGUUGAGCGGGAGCGCGGAUGAGGAAGAGGGCAAGAGGGUGAGGGGAACAUCUGCGGCCACACCCAGAAGAUCUACUAGACUUAGUCCCACGCCCAACAACACACCUGCAAGUGGCAUGAGGAGCGUGGCGAGUGUGCUCGAGAUCGAGGAGGAGGAGGAGGAGCGCGAGAGCGGCAAAAGGAGGGGUAGAGGAAGUGCAGAGGGCAGGAAGAUGGCGGGAAGUGUGAGAAGACGCAGAGAUGUGGCUGGACUGCAUCAACAAGAGAAGCAGGAGCUGGAGCAGGAGCAGGAGCAGGAGCAGGAGAAUGAAGAUGACGACGAAGAGAUUCUCAUCGAUCCCUUGCCUGUCGCUUCAUCCACCACCGCCGCUGCCACAACGCGUCCAGCCCGUCGAGCGCUCCUUCUACAUCUGCUCCGACCCUUGUCCCAUCUCCCGCCCAUCCUCCCACCUCUUCUUCUCAUCUCCUCCUUCUUGCUCCUCUUUGCUCUUCCCAUCCCGCACAAACCUUUUCAUAGGGCAACAUAUGUGGACGAGAAUGCGCUGCAACCGGCUGCUGGAAGACUUUAUUGGGAUUGGCAGCAGGUCGAGUGGGCGGAUAAGACUGCUGAGAGGGUGAAUGAGGUGUUGCGGAGCGGCAACGAUGCAAAGAGCAGGGCCAGCUUCAUCACAUCCGAACUCGAAUCUGUCGGACUAUUCGCUCACGCGCAAAGCUACACCUACUCCUUCUCCUCCUCUUCGCACACCAGCACGAGAACGAGAUCAGGAACAAACGCGUACGGUCACUUGAGAGCAUCUCGGUCUGACGGUAGGGAGAGCAUCCUCAUCCUAGCUCCUUGGAAAAGCAGCAUUGCUAAUCACACGGACGAGGAGAAUGCUCAAGUAUUCGCUGCUGCUGCUGCUGGUGGAAGCGACGCAGCGACGAGAGGAGAGUGGUACGAGAGAUUGAAAGAGAAGAGGGAUAAUGUUAGGGGUGUCGCGCUCGCCCUCACUCUGGCUAGAUUCUUGGGCCAGUUCAAGUACUGGUCAAAAGAUUUCAUCUUUCUCUUUCCUCACGAUGACGAGGGCGACGAGUUGGCUGCUACGCGCGCCUGGCUUACCCAGUACUAUGGCUCUUCGCAGGCAAACCUGCAAGCAGACGCCUUGCAAAUUCCACGCUCCUUGAUCUGGACAGGUCUCUCCCUGGACUAUCCCAGCGACAGCUUCUCCUCUCUGCAGCUUACCUUCGAAGGCGUCAAUGGCGCAGAGCCUAACCUGGACGUUCUGAACACUUUUGUCCGCGUAGCUCAACGAGUGGACAACGUGCCCAUCCGAUUCGAUUCUCCCUCCAAGGAUGAUCUGCCUUAUGCGGUGGACAGGGCAUUUGGAGCGCUUUCCACAUGGUUGGACAGAGAGUAUUGGGAUGCGGGAGGGACGAAGAGGUACUUGAUGGGAAUGAGAAAUGUGGCCAGACAAGCUGGAAGAUUGGCCAUGUCCACCCCACUCUCUCCCGCAGGUCUGCUCACCGCUUUCCACAUUGACGCCAUCGGCGUCUCGGCCACGCCAGCCAACGGUCCGUACGGCUUCUAUCAACUGGGAAGGAUCAUCGAGUCCAACAUCCGAAGCUUUUCCAAUCUGCUGGAAAGAUUGCACCACUCGCAAUUCUUUUACCUCGUCACGGAAGCGGACAAGUUUGUCCAAUUUGCUACGCUGCUACCUACGGCCAUCCUUCCCGCCGUAGCCCUCUCGUGCGCCGGCCUGCUUCUCUGGAAUAGAGAGGGCAGAGAAGCUAGAGUGCGCGCUGAAGAGCUCAUCAACAGGUCUGUUUCGACGCUCUCAAAGGCGACCGCGGGGAACGGUGUGCUGGCGAGCAUGACGGCAGCAGCGGAUGUACCCCUCAGAAGACCGACGAUGCAACAUUACAGAGCGACAUUACUGGAAGCGUAUGCCUCGAGCGGUGCGCUCUUGACUCCUUCCAGACUAGCCAAGAUGGAUCAGAGCUUGAGCGGCACGCAAAGACCUACUGGGACAGCAUUGACUGUCAUUGUGACGAUGCAUGCUUUGGCGGCCGCAACGCUGUGUUUAAUGGGCAGCGCGCCUUUGCAAUGCGCAAAAGAAGGCCUUUGGCGAUGCGACGAGAUCCGAUGGAUCGCUGUGCUCUUACUUGGCGCCUUUGCGCUCCUUUGCGUAACCUUUGCCGCCCUGCAACGUACCCGUGCCCCGGGAACAACCUCGCCCUUGCCACCUACGCUUCACGCGCUCACGCUACUACAUGCCGGAAUGCUCGUUGCGAGCGUGAGCACGCUCAAUUUCUCCCUAGCUGCAUUGAGCGGUAUCAUGCUAGGAGCACCACUAUAUUUGUUCCAACCUCGCUCCUCUUCCGAGCCUGCGCCUACUGUCGGCCUGCGCUUCUGGUCGAUGGGAAAAGCUGCGAUCUUGUUGGCGCUGCAUCCCAUCUUGCUCUUGCUGCUCUCGCAAGCGACGCUCGAUCGUCUGGCCUACUGGGCAUCGCGAGAUCUCCUGGGACCUUUGCCCGAUCAGCUCUCUCCCAUCUUUAUGGGUCUAGGAAUUCCUGCGCCCGCUUCGUCGGCUGGUUGGACUGCUCUGGCUAGACAGAUUAGUUGCGCGGUGGACCUGCUCGUGGAUAGAACACUGGCCAACGAUUUCAUGCUGGGAACCAAGACGAUGAGCUUCUUCCUCUUGGGUAUCGGAACGAUCCACCUGCAGGCGGCGGUGGCUAAUGCUCUUGGUGCGCUAGGAUAGGCUAGACUCUAGGACGUGCACUUGAAACGCGAAUAAUGGGAUGAAGGGAUCGGACGCUUAUUAUUUGCUUUGCCUUGCUUUGCUUGGUGUGGAAGAUGAGAUGGGGUAGAUGGGGUGCUACUGCUGCCUUUGCUGGAGGAGGGGAGGCCAAGGCAACAACUAUGCUGAGCGCUAGCACGG